CGCCACGCUUCCUCCUCCUCGGCCUCACCACACCCCACUGCCAUCGCGGCCUACACCUCCCCCACCGGGGAGGAGUUCGACGACAAGCGCGUGUCGCUCCCGCGCAGGGUCAAGCCCGGUGCCAAGACCGCGCUCCCCGACCCCUCCCCCGCCAGCCCACCCGCCGCCGCGGCGGAGAAGAAGCCAGCUGCGGCGGAUAGCGGCCUGCAGGAUCUGGAUGACCUGAUCGCGACGAUCGACCAGCGGCUGGGCUCCUCGCCGCCGGCCUCGGCCCCGCAAUCGGCGCACCAGUCGGCCGCUGCGCCCCUGCCGGCCAUCGACGCCCUCUCCCUGGCCGACUCUGAUGACCCGCUCGCCGCCCUCAUGUCCUUCGCCGGCGGAGUGCCCUCACCUUCGUCGCCGGCAGCCGCCGCCGCUCCCGUCUCCCGCCAGAGCGUCGCUCCCGCCUCCUCCUCCUCUUCUGCCCCGGCACCGCGGUUGUCCAGCUUCGCACCGGCCGCCGCCGCUUCGCCGGCCGCGUCGUCGCAGGCGCAAUUUGGGCGAGUGUCGACUUCGUCGGUCAACGAGGCGAUGCUGGACGACAUCCUCAAGCAGUUCGGGUCCCCCGCGCCAGCUGCUGCUGCGCCCCAGAGGGCUUCCAUCUCCUCCGCGGCUCCGCCUCAGCGACACAGUGAGGCCCAGGAGGAUGACCCCCUCGCAGCCCUCUUGGCCAUGGGCGGCGUGAAUGUCGACUUUGGCAGCCCUGCAGGAGGAAUACAGCCCCAGCGAGGCACGAUUGUGUCCGUGGGCGGCGGCUACAACGCUCCUCCGCCGGCCACGGCCCCAUCGUUCCCCCAAAUGAGCGGUUUCCCGCAGCAGCCCAUGCAAGCCACCUAUUCCGGCGGUAAGCACCCCAUCACCACCGGCUUCCUCGCAUUCCCAAUAGCGCUUCACCGCGAUAUAGGCGCGGGGCCGGCCAUCGCGACUGGUCCGGGCGGCUACUGGGGCAACACGACCGUCACCGCUGACCACUUCCCUGACCCCGACGAUGUCGACAACUUUUCCACGGAGUCGGUCUACAUUGACUCAGCGACGCAGCGCUAUACUCUUCCCCAGAACAAGUUGGAGCUCGAGCUGCGCCAUGAAAUGAUGAAUCUGAGGCGCAACCCGCGCUUCUACGCGCAGAUCCUGAUCAACGAGUUCCGCCCCUUCUAUCAGGGCACCGCCCUCCGUGUGCCGGGACAGCCCGGCAUGGCCACGCGCGAGGGAGCCGUGGCGUGCGACGACGCCAUUCGCUUCCUCUCGAGCGUGGCCCCCAUGCAGGACCCGAUCUUCCUCAACUUUGGCAUGUGCCUCGCCGCCAAGGAGGCCGUGGACGAGUGCUGCCCCACGGGAAGCUUCGAGUACCCCGACUCAGUGACGAAGAUGAUGAACUACGGGUACCUGGAGGACGAGGCCAAGGACCUGGUGGGCUACGGAGGCAAGAACGUGCGGCACAUGAUCUUGCUCGCCUUCAUCAUCUGCGACGGCGACCCCUCGCGCGAGCGCCGCCGCAUCAUCUUCGAUCCGCGCUGGCGGAUG